AUGGGUAAAUUGAACACAUCAACUUUAAACCCAGAUCUUCAAGGACAUGACCCCCUUCAACCAUCAUCAUCAUCCCCUAACCAAAACCCACAUUUCAGUUUCAGAUCCAAGUAUCUCCAGACUUGCAAUCGGCUGAGCUUGUUUCUCAAAGAAAAAGGCAAAAUUCGAGAUCUCAAUUUCGGAAUCAAUGCAAAAUUGACGCUACAGUCUGCGACUGUUGAUUUGUUAAGCUCUAUAGGUGAAAAAGUGGAGGAGAAACCAGUAGAUGUUGUUAUUCCUCAAUAUGUUAUCUUAGAUUCCUCCUCCUGUGAAGUAGAAGACAAAGUUGAAGCUAAAACUGAUACUGCACAGAUGACUUUAUUUUACCAAGGCCAGGUGUUAGUUUUGCAUGAUGUUCCGGCAGAUAGAGCGAGAGAUCUGAUGCUAAUGGCGAAGAACGGAGUUGAAACAUCAAAACCUAAACCUCCUCCUCCUUUUGUUGAUGUUUCUAGAUCAAAAGAACCGAUUAAAAAAGAUGUUCAGCAGGCGAAGGAUUCAGAUUUUCCGAUAGCGAGAAGAGCGUCGUUGCAUAAGUUUCUGGCCAAGAGAAAAAACAGGGGCGCCGUACCAGUCUCCGUGCGGUUCAUCCUCUGGGAACAAAGAACAUAG